AUGUCCGACGAAAAGGUGAUGCCUUCAGGGCCUUCAGGGCCUUCAGUCAGUCAAUGGGAGACCUCGGCCUCGGCCUCCGUGGUCUCGGUGGCCUCGGCGUCCCGCUUUCAUGACCUCGUUGAGGAGCUGAUUGCGGUACACGUCCGAGAGGUCGAUCAGCUUCAACUUGAAGUAGACCGACUGCGCCAAUCGGCGCCAGCGCCCGAAGGAAGGUCGAGAUCACCAAUUCAUAAUCUCUCGCCUCCAGUUGAGGAAGUGCGCAUCGAGCCGCCUGAAGUGCGGAAAUCGAGAAUCACAGGAAUCACAAGCAACAAAAGUGGUGAUUUGGGCACUAUCAGUGUUGCGAGCCGGGCUAGCCACUUGUCCACAGGUACGGAGCUAGACUUGGACCUGGUCUCUGAUGAAUCCAGCGAAGUGCCGGAAGCAAACGAAAUCCAAAUAAGUCGAACAAAGGCGUUCUUUUUGAGCGGUUCCUUCGAAGCUCUAAUUGCUGGUCUUCUGUUUGUAAAUAUCUGCAUGAUGGCAGCGCAGCUUCAAAUCCUGGGCUUGAGCAUUGGAGAUGACAUUGACUACCCACGAUACGGGACUUCGCCUACCAAGGCUUGGCCUUACUUUGAUGAUUUCUUCUUUUAUGGCGACCUCGCUUUUGCGGUUGUCUUUACGGUGGAGAUGAUGAUCCGACAGUUCUACCUGGGGAUUGCAUUUUUCAGAUAUGCUUUAAACUGGCUGGACUUUCUGGUGGUGUGCAGCUCAUGGGUUGAGCUGUUUGCUGCUGGCCUGCCUAUCAACCCAACCUUCCUACGAAUGCUCCGGCUCGGGAAGUUGCUUCGAGCCAUUCGAGUGGUCCGCAUGUCUCAAGUCUUGGAAUCACUACAGCUUCUUUUGAAGUGCAUCGCAGCCAGUGUUAAAAUCCUCUUUUGGUCCUUGUUUUUGUUGAUGAUCAUUCAGAUCAGCGCUGGGAUGAGCAUAAGUUAUUUGGUCAGCGAAUACCUGGUGGACGAUUCGAUUCAGAUUGAGGAACGCCGGGAGGUCUUCAGAUACUAUGGAACUUGCACGAAGACCUUGCUCACAAUGUUUGAGGUGCUGUUUGCAAAUUGGGCACCGCCAGCGCGAGUGCUGAUCGACAAUGUCAGCGAGUGGUACUCUCUGGUCUUCGUUAUUUAUCGCUGUUUUGUAGGUUUUGCCGUGUUAAAUGUAGUCAACGCAGUUUUCGUGCAGUCCACAAUGAAGGUUGCGCAAGCAGACGAAGAGUUCAUAGUGAAGGAGAAGAAAAAGGCUGAAGAGGCUUAUCGCCAAAAGGUGACGACCUUGUUCCGACAGGUGGACACGUCAGGAGAUGGCAAGAUUGACGUCCACGAGUUCAAACGGCUCCUGAAGGCACCAAAAUUGCAAGCCUGGCUAAGCCAGCUUGAGAUUGAGACCACGGAUCUUUGGGGUCUUUUUAAGAUGCUUGAUCAGGGCGAGGGCGAGAUCUCCCUGAAGGAUUUUGAAGAUGGAACCAUGCGCAUCAAAGGUUGGGCUCGGAGCUAUGACGUCGCGCAGCUCAAGGCUUCAAUCCAGCGACUUCACAACAAGAUCGACUCUGUCCUCACUGAUGCGAAUCAAAGUGCAGAGCUGCUAAGGAGCUCAGUGUGGAACUACAUGCUGGAAGCAUUGAGCCUAAUGUCAGCCAUGGCUCUGCCACCGCCGCCUGUGCCUCCCACUCCUGGUGCCACAGCUCCCCGACCGCCCUAUGUGGCACCACCGGCACCAUCACCCGGUGGACCACCCGGUGGACCACCCGGAGCGCCCAGGCCUCCGAUGUUGUCCCGUGCGAUGUCGGUGUUGAACCCUGAGGCCCAGGAGGAGAUGAUCUCGGCCUUGGAACGCGAGGGUGCCACGUUGCAGGAGAAGAUUCGGGAGAUCACCGCAGCCAGAAGUCAUGGUGGACAUGCCGAUGUCGAAGACCGACUGCGGGAGGAACAGCUGAAUGCCAAGGCGGCCAUGAUUCAAAAGCUUCAAGAAGAGCUGGGUGAAGAAGUGAACCGAAUGGAACAAGGAUCGAAUCUCAAGGAGGAGAUUCACCAGUACGAAGCUCAACGUGCAGCUUUGAACCGUGAAAUCCAAAAUGCCAAAGAUGCCAUUGACCACUCCGACGUUGGCAAACUGCGUGAUGAAGUGCACCGUGCAGAGGAGCGAUGUCGACAGCUGACCACUCAGCUGCAAAGACUGGAGGCCAACUCCUUUCUCUCCAAAGUUGAUGACCGAAAGGAGGCCAACAUGAGGAUUUCAGCCUUAGAGGAGAUGCUCCGGAGCAAGACAGCUGAACACCAGGGACAGGUGGAUGAAAACAUGAAGGCACAACACAAUCGUUUGAUGAUGGUUCAAGAGAAACAGCGUCUCCAAUCGAGAACUCUUGACUUGAAACAGCGUAAUGAGCGUUUGGAGAUUGAGAUCUCCACUCAACAAGCCGAAAUGCAAAAAGUGGAGCGUGAGAUGCGCUUGAUGCGUGAGCGGCUUCCUCCUGACAACCAAGAAGCAUUGGAAAUGGCACUGGCCGAGGUUGUUGGAAGUCAAGGCGCUGCAUUUUCUCGUUUGGAGAGACCUGAGGCUGCAGUUCCAUCAGCUGAGGACUUGCAAGGCACCGGCUCGAUGGAGCGGGUUCUUGAGCGCUUGGGCCAAGAACGCGACGAUCUCCGGCGUCAGAUCGCAGUGCUACGGAUGGACCUGGAGAGGGAAACGGCGGUCUCCAAGAACUUCAAAGCUCUUCAGGCCCAGGAGCUGGAAGAUGCACGGUCCAAGUCCCAGAGCUUCUUGCGAGAUCGGGAGAAAUGGUGCAGGAUCUCAGCAGCUCAUCUUCAAUCCAUCCAAGAUUUGCAAAGGCGAAUCGCGGGCUUUGAAACCAUGUCCUUACACGACAAGGCACCAGAUACCUUGAGCUUGGCAGGCUUUUCAGAUGUCUCUGAUUUGGAGGAUGCCGCCAAUGCCUUGGAUGUCUUUGUGGGCGUGGGUGAAAUCGAUCUUUCAGCUGCGCAACGGCUACAAGAGGAGCUGAAUCGUUGGGUGUCAGAAGUUCCAGUGGCACCACCUAUGCCAUCGGUGGUGGAGGAACUCAGAAGUCUGGUGAGUAUCGAACUGAUUGGCUUCGACUUGGGCUUCUCUGCUGUUGCCUCUGGACUUCAACCUGUGUAUGACUCGCUGGUCACCUUCGGGCCAUUCAAUGUGAAUGAUGCCACGUUGGAUGAAUUUGCACAGGGACAUCUCAAGGUGGAGAUUCAUGGGACACUGCCAGGCAGUGAGAAGCAACACAUUCUUGGACAAGGGGUGCUACCGAUGGCAGGUCUCUUGCAGUAUGGCACGCAGGACACUCGCAAUCCAGUAGCAGGUGGAGUGGUUGCCGUCAAAGAUCCGAAUGAUCAAGACAUCCUAGUGGCAAAACUCCGCAUCAAGCUGCGCUUGCGCUAUUCCAUUGAGGAACUAGCUGAAGAUUACAUCACUAGGGCUAGAGUGCGCCAGCAGGAUCGAAGGGGGAAAAAGAUGUACCGUGCUCUUAGGUUCUGCCACAGCUGUUUGCUUCCUGCCGAUGUGGCGUGUGGAAUGCGCAUGAAUCGUAAUCCUUACAUGGGAGGUAGCGAAGCAGCGCAUAGGAAAUGUCAGCUUCCGAACACAUGUCCGGCAGCGGCUCCAUAUUAG